AUGAGUGCAUUGGAAACUCUAAAGCAGAUCUUAGAGAAAGAUAAGGAUAAUGAGAUUCAGCUAGCUGAUGAUGGAAAUGUACAAAGCCUUAACAACCUUCAAAACUAUAUAGUUCAUAAAAAGAAAGAAUCGAAUAAUUUGAGUCAAUUGUUGGAGCUUGUUAGAAUUGAGUCAUCUAAUGAAGAAGCUAAUACUUCAUCACAAAUAAGUUCACUUUCUGUCUCAGAUUUGCAUAAACUUAUUGCACGAUUUCAAAAAUACCAAACUAAUAUCAAGACUCAUAGGGAAAAAUUAAUGCCAAUAAAAACCAUCAUAACAGACUUCAACACCGAAUUAGAACAAUUAUCGUCGAGUUUAGCAUCCUUACAACAGCAAUCUAGUAGAUUGUCUUCUGAUUUGGAUUUACAGCGUGCAUCAUCGGAAAAGUUGAACCCAAUUAUAUUGGAUCUCAUGAUUCCUCCUGAUAUAGUAAAAUCUAUAGUAAAGGAUCUGAUAGACGUACAAUGGCUUGAAAAUAUAAGAUUCAUCAAUGAAAAGAUCCUUCUAAUCUCAAGUGUGAAGUCUAACAAGGCAGACAAAAAAUUGACAGAAUUAUACAAGGACUCUCGUGCAUUUUCACAACUUGAAUCGGGCAUUAAACUUCUAGUAGCCAAAUCCGUGGAAAGAAUACGAGAUUUUAUUAUCUACAAUAUCAAAUUGCUUCGUUCCUCUCAAAAUACUUCAUCACAGAGUAUUCAACAAAGCCUUCUUAAUGUUAAGGAAUUAUUCGCCUUUAUAAAAGUACAUCAUUCGGAGUUGGCAAAUCAAUUACAAUUAGCAUAUAUAUAUACAAUGAAAUGGUAUUAUCAAACUCGUUUUGCGAAAUAUUUAUAUGCUAUAGAAAAACUUCAUAUUCGCCACGUUGAUCUGAAUUUGGUCUUAGGGAGUGGGCAUAAUGCUAAUGAUGAAAAGAGCUUGUUUGGUGGUGGGUUAAAGAAUUGGUUGUACAGUGGUGGAAAUAAUCCAAUGGGCUCUUCACAAACUAAUACACAUCUGCAACUGCAAUCACAAGCACAACAGCUGCAACAAUCGCAACUCAGUAAGCUUUCAAUAUCCGAUUACUUACUGUCAAUCGAUAAGAGAUUGCAAAUACUUGAAGCUCGGGGUGAUACCCCAGAACCACAGUUAGCUAUUCCAUCACAAAUUGCUGAGACUACGCCAUUUAAUUAUUGGUUGGAAUUUAUUUAUAACCAAUGGUCCAUUGCCCUUAUUGAUAACAUUGUAGUAGAGUACUUGUUUAUGGUUGAAUUCUUCUAUCAGGGAGACGAAAAGUUUUGUAAUGUGGACACUUUGAAACGAAACUCUAGAGAAAAUGACAGUACUUCUACUGGGAACUCACAAAAGAAUGAUUGGUCCCAUGUAAUGUUUUCAAACGUAUAUAAAAUGGGUUACGAUUUUGUCAGCUGGUUGAUCAGUCAUCAACCAUCUCCUUAUUUGACUGGAAGAAAUAAUGCUUCCAUCACAACAUCUUCUAAUCCCCAGAGAAUGAACACAGGCUCAAAGGCAUCGCUACAGGGAACAUGCGAUGGAUAUGCGGUGUUGUUAAUGAUACGGUUAGUCCAAAAGGCACAAUCUCUCCUCCAUAAUGAAUUUCAUAUUCCAGUACUUGAUGACCAUUUGAAUUCUGUAUUACUUUUAUUAUGGCCACAUUUUACGAAGAUAAUUGACCUCAAUUCUGAGUCUAUGAAAAAGCUAAUAAUGUAUUCUGGUUCCUCCAAAUCUAAAGAGGUUCAUUUAGCACCUGUCAGCGUGACGCAACAGUUCUCUCAAUUUUUGCUGGGCUUGCUAAAAUUAGCAGCGGUAACUACUGAUAAGAAAGAUGAUAAUGACGAUACGUUCAGAGGCGAACCAUUGUUUACUUCUAUUACUAGGUUGAGAAACGAUUUUGAGAACGUACUUACCAAAUUAAGUAGCCACUUAUUUGGCUCCGGAAGAAGUAAAUCUACUGAAAAGGAAAUUUUCCUAUACAAUAAUUACUUCUUGGUGGUAAAUAUCUUAAAAAAUGAAAACCUUGCAGACGGUGUUCCCAAUGCUUUUAUUGACGAACAGAUUAAGCAUUUCGAGAUGCUAUGUGACGCUUACAAGAAAUACUAA